AGCUACAGAAGCACYGGUUUAUUUUUGGCAACUGACAUUAAAGCUCACCCUUCACAACACGGCACCAGAGAUCCCAGAAACGUGCAUCAGAACUGGAGUUACUGGACCUGAUUGUUGGUGGUUUUUUAUACUUUGAGCAGAAAGAGCUUUUAAACGAUGGAAACUGCAAAAUAGGAGAUACUGAUAACGCCAUUAGAGGAAACCAGCUGUGUAUGUUUUGGUUGUGAGCCAGCAUCAUGGCCAAAGAGGAGGAGAUCCCAGACUGGGUGGGAGCCAAGGAGUUCUAUGACAAAUAUGAGCCCAAGGAGAUCCUGGGCAGAGGAGUGAGCAGCGUGGUGCGUCGCUGCGUCAACAAGCGCACCUCUCAGGAAUACGCUGUGAAGAUCAUCGACAUCACCCCGUCCGACAAGACGACGGCACAGGAGAUCGAGGAGAUCCGAGAGGCCACGACGAAGGAGAUCGACAUCCUAAAGAAAGUCUGUGGGCAGGAAAACAUCAUACAGCUCAAAGACUGCUACGAGUCCAAAGCCUUCUUCUUCUUGGUGUUCGACCUGAUGAGGAAGGGUGAACUUUUUGACUACCUCACAGAGAAAGUUACUCUAACUGAGAAGGAAACCAGAAAGAUAAUGCGUGCUUUGCUGGAGGUGGUCCAGUUCCUUCACUCCCAGCACAUCGUCCACCGAGACCUGAAGCCCGAAAACAUCCUUUUAGACGACAACAUGAACAUCAAACUCACUGACUUUGGAUUUGCUGUGCAAGUCCAGCCAGGGCAGAGACUUAAAGAUGUGUGUGGGACCCCUAGUUAUCUCGCUCCUGAGAUCAUCGAGUGCUCCAUGGAUGCAGGACACAAAGGAUACGAUACAGCUGUUGAUAUAUGGAGUGCAGGAGUCAUCAUGUACACGCUGCUCGCAGGCUCCCCGCCCUUCUGGCACAGGAAACAGAUGCUGAUGCUGCGGAUGAUCCUAGCGGGGAAAUACGACUUUUCAUCUCCAGAGUGGGAGGACCGCUCAGACACGGCCAAAGAUCUGAUCUCCAGGAUGUUGGUGGUGGACCCAGUGCAGCGGUUCACAGCUUCAGAUGCUCUGAAUCACUCCUUUUUCUCACAGUAUGUGGUGAACGAAGUGCGGCAGUUCAGUCCCUACAGGAAGUUCAAGGUCAUUUGUAUGACUGUGCUCGCCACCAUGAGAAUCUACUGCAGCUACAGGCGGGCCAAGCCUGUCACCAAGGAGGUCAUCAAGAGYGACCCGUACGCCGUCAAACCCAUCCGGAAACUCAUCGACGCCUGCGCCUUCAGGAUCUACGGCCACUGGGUCAAGAAGGGUCAAACUCAGAACAGAGCAGCGCUUUUUGAGAACUCUCCGAAAGCCAUCCUGCUGUCACUAGCUGCCGAGGCUGAGGAGCAGGGCCAACACAGCUGGUAACACAACUGAAAGACUGCGACUUGCUUGACCAUCCAUCCCUCUUUUUUUUUAAAAACAAGGAUGAACUGAUAAAUUGAAGCUGCUUAUUUUAAAAUCAGUUGUAUACUCUGAAUGUACUUAACUCAAGGCUCCAUCUUGCACGAAGAAUAAAGUUUUGAUGUUUAAUUUGAUGCAAUAUUUAGAUCUGCUGUAGUGGGGUUCAUGGCAUACUUCAUAACGAUUAACAUCUUACCUGUUKUAGAUGUUACCCUUUGAAUGACCUCARUUURGAGAAGUUAAUUCUAAUCAGACUGAUUAAAGACUUCWAAAGUCGUAAAUAUGGUAUUUAACCUUUCUACAGAAUUCCAUUUUCAAAAGUGCUUAAAUGUUACUUUUUGGUAAAAAUUUAGAUUUUAUUUAGAAAUGUGUCCCAYUUUUAAAUGUUUGCUUCAGAACUUGGAAAUGUUGCGACUAAUAAUCAGUGAAGCUGCAUACUUAAAGCAACAACUUACAGACGCAAAUAUGAAGGAUGUAAUGUWUAUAUUAUAUUGCUUUUAAUGUGUAAUUUAAAACUUUCAUUCACUUAAUCCAAUGUCUUAUWAGUAAAAACAUUAAACUUAACGUAAUAAUUCACCACAAACAGGCACGGUUUCAGCACAUGUUCGAUUUUAUUGAAGAAAUGGAAAACUUUUGCAUAAAUCAUCACAGACCAUUGAGUGCUAGGCGUUCAUUGAAGUCGCUGCUGUUCAUGACUUCAGAGCAUUAGUGCUACAUUAAAUAGUUGUUAUAAUUAGCAAAUUGUGGAGGGGAAACACCCGGUGUAAGAGUCUGAUCGCUUAAAAACAUGAGUGAAAAAUUCUGGAAAUAAAACAAGUUACCACAGCUGAAUGAA